CGCGCGGCGGCGCGCGCGCGGCGCGCGCGGCGGGCGCGGCCGCGCGGGAGCGCGCCUUCGGGGUGAGGGCCGUGAGGGGCCGGGGCCUGGGCGUGGUGGCCACGCGAACUAUUCAGGUGGGCGAGCUGGUCGCGGCGGAGCGGCCGCUGCUCAUGGUCCCGGCUGGGGAGGCGUGGUUGCCCCAGGUUCAGAGGGAGUACGAAGAGCUGCCGGGCGCCCUCAGGGACGUCGUGAUGCAGCUGGACGGGGAAAGCUCGGGCGAGGCGGAGUCCAGCCUGCGCGGGAUCGUCGCCAGGAACCGAGUGGCGCGGGAUCAUGGCAGCGACGAGGGGGUCGUCUGUGUGGCGAUCAGCAGAUUUAACCAUCCCCAUGCCGUUCCUGCGACUCCAACUGCGAGCAGAGCUGGGACGACGAGGCGGAGCAGGAGCGCGUCCACGCGUCGAGGACCAUUCGGGAGGGGGAGGAGCUCACCGCUCCCCUACGUCGACCUGCGGGCCCCCGCGGCGGAGCGCGACCGCGCACUCUUCGGCACCUACGGGUUCAGGUGCACCUGCCCGGUCUGCACCAGCCAACCCCAUGGCCAACGUGAGCAGAGACCGCAUCAGGACCUUGCAGGCUCGCCUGGACAGUGUGAUGGACGACGCCUACGAUGCCGACGAGGCCAGGCCGGGGAUCGACAUGGCCGCCGAGCUCCUCGAGCUGUACGACCGGGCGCCGCUCGGCCCGAAGAGCAUCCGAGCCGACGCGUGCUACGCCGCGUUUGUGUUGUCGCUGAAGGCAGACGACCUGGCAGGGGCGAAAGGGUGGGUCCGGAAAGCGUACCAGCACUCGCUGGUGGCGCGUGGGAAGGACCAUCCUGACACAAAGGUUCUGGAGAAGCUGGUUAAGGAUCCAGAAGACAGCCCGUUCUCCAAGAAGAAUGAUCCACAGGAGGCAGCGGUGAACGUGUACGUUGCCCUCGGUGGUAUCGUAUCCCUCGGCAUGCUCUUCCAAAUUUUCCAAAGCUUAGCCAGGAUGCAGCGGAUGGCUGACCCAUUUGCAUGACGAUGCUAUCACCAUUCGAUGCCAAUCGCAGUGGCCACCAUUCUCUGAGGUCAACGCAAGCGACCGAAAA